AUGAUGGAAGGAAACGGAACUGAGGACCCCUGCAGUAGAACACUUGGAUGGCUCCGACAAAAUAAUGAUGCUAAGCCAUGGCUCUGGAAAUUUUCUAAUUGCUUUUCUCGUCCUGAGCACACAUUGCCACUUAGCCCCCACACGAAAGAUUACAUGGAGAACAAGAAAGCUGCUGUGGAGUUAAAGGACGUGCCGUCUCCCCUUCAUGCUGGCUCUAAACUUUUCCCAGCAGUCCCGCUUCCAGAUAUUCAUUCUCUCCAGCAACCUAAAAUACAGCUUUCACCUGUCCCCAAAGUAAGCUGCUGCGCUCAUUGCCCUAAUGAACCCUCCACUUCGCCGAUGCGUUUUGGUGGUGGCGGUGGCGGCGGUGGUAGCGGAGGUAGCGGUAGCUUGAUUCACCCAGGCGCACUGUUAGACUCACAGAGCACCAGGACAGUCACGUGUCAGGUAGGGUCAGGGUUUGCCUUCCAGUCUGCAUCUUCGCUCCAGAAUGCCUCAGCUAGGAACAAUUUGGCCGGCCUUGCAAGUGACUUCCCCAGCAUGUGUCUAGAGAGUAAUCUAUCUUCCUGCAAACACCUGCCCUGUUGUGGAAAGCUUCAUUUCCAAUCCUGCCAUGGUAACGUGCACAAGCUGCAUCAGUUUCCGGCUCUCCAGGGCUGCGCCUCCGCUGGCUAUUUCCCCUGUUCUGAUUUCACAAGCGGGGCUCCGGGGCAUUUGGAAGAGCACAUUUCACAGUCGGAGCUAACGCCUCACUUGUGCACCAAUUCUUUGCACCUAAACGUGGUACCUCCGGUUUGUUUAAAGGGCUCACUUUACUGCGAAGACUGUCUCAACAAGCCGGCAAGAAAUAGUAUAAUUGAUGCUGCUAAAGUCUGGCCAAAUAUACCACCUCCAAAUACUCAAACUGCACCUGUUACUAUUCCUCUGUGUAAUGGCUGUGGAACCAAAGGAGCAGGGAAGGAGACCACGUUGUUAUUGGCGACCAGUCUAGGCAAAGCUGCUUCGAAAUUUGGGUCACCAGAAGUUGCACUAGCCGGACAGGUGCUGGAAAACUUACCCCCCAUUGGAGUUUUUUGGGAUAUUGAAAACUGUUCGGUUCCCUCUGGCCGCUCAGCUACUGCUGUUGUACAGAGAAUCCGUGAGAAGUUUUUUAAAGGCCACAGAGAAGCAGAAUUCAUCUGUGUGUGUGACAUCAGUAAAGAAAACAAAGAAGUUAUUCAAGAGCUGAAUAAUUGCCAGGUGACCGUUGCCCACAUCAAUGCUACCGCCAAGAACGCGGCUGACGACAAACUGCGCCAGAGUCUCCGAAGGUUUGCGAACACUCACACUGCUCCAGCCACUGUGGUUCUCGUGUCGACUGAUGUCAAUUUUGCGUUGGAGCUUAGUGAUCUGAGACACAGGCAUGGUUUCCACAUAAUUUUGGUCCAUAAAAACCAGGCCUCGGAAGCACUGCUGCAUCAUGCUAAUGAGCUGAUCAGAUUCGAAGAGUUCAUUUCCGACUUGCCCCCCAGGUUACCACUAAAAAUGCCACAGUGCCACACUCUGCUCUAUGUUUAUAACCUACCAGCAAAUAAAGAUGGCAAGAGCAUCACCAACAGGCUCAGGCGCCUGUCUGAUAAUUGUGGUGGGAAAGUGCUGAGUAUCACAGGCUGCAGUGCAAUUCUCCGCUUCAUAAACCAAGAUAGUGCAGAACGGGCUCAGAAGCGAAUGGAAAACGAAGAUGUCUUUGGUAAUAGGAUCAUUGUGUCAUUUACUCCAAAAAAUAGAGAACUCUGUGAAACAAAGAGUUCCAAUGCAAUUGCUGAUAAAGUGAAGUCUCCCAAAAAACUUAAGAAUCCAAAAUUGUGCCUCAUCAAAGAUACGAGUGAACAAUCUUCCAGUGCCAAAGCCACGCCUGGAAAAGGGUCGCAGGCAAAUUCUGGAUCUGCUACAAAAAACACAAAUGUUAAAAGUUUACAGGAGCUCUGCCGCAUGGAGUCAAAGACUGGCGCUAGAAGCAGUGACUCCCAGCAAGGCCACCUGAGGCUGGUGGCGCUUCCCCACAGAAGCUUGAGCGCUGCAGCGCCCGCACCCAAAAACUCGGGGACGGCAGAACCCGCUUACAAAACCAACCCGAAGAAAGAGAACCCCUGUCCCCGGAGUGUCACCAGCUCUCCUGUAGAGAACAAAGAGAAAGAGGAGACUCCGUUCCAAGUGAGUUACCCAUCUGCUUUCAGCAAGCUGAUCACGUCACGGCAAGUCAGUCCCCUGCUCGCAGCACAGUCUUGGUCUUCUCGGAGUAUGUCUCCAAACCUUUUAAACAGAGCGUCCCCACUUGCUUUCAACAUUGCAAAUUCGAGCAUUGGUGCUGACAGCCCAGACCCGUUUGCAAAUGGUGCUGACAUCCAGAUCAGCAACAUCGACUACAGAUUAUCCCGGAAGGAGCUGCAGCAGCUUAUGCAGGAGGCAUUUUCUAGGCACGGCAAGGUGAAGAGUGUUGAGCUCAGCCCCCAUACAGAUUAUCAGCUCAAGGCUGUUGUUCAGAUGGAGAACUUACAAGAAGCAAUCAGUGCGGUGAAUAGCCUCCACAGAUACAAAAUUGGCAGCAAGAAGAUCCUGGUCUCACUUGCCACAGGAGCUGCUAAUAAAUCACUCUCUUUACUGAGUGCAGAAACAAUGUCUAUUCUUCAGGACGCUCCUGCCUGCUGUCUGCCUCUUUUUAAAUUUACAGAUAUCUAUGAAAAAAAAUUUGGACACAAGUUGAACGUAUCGGAUUUAUAUAAGUUAACAGACACGGUGGCAAUCCGCGAACAAGGAAACGGAAGACUGGUGUGUCUGUUGCCCAGCAGUCAGGCCCGGCAGAGCCCCUUGGGGUCUUCGCAGUCACAUGACGGCUCCUCGACAAAUUGCAGCCCAAUUAUAUUUGAAGAGUUAGAAUAUCACGAGCCUGUCUGCAGACAGCAUUGCCCCGAUAAGGACUUCAGUGAACACGAAUUUGAUCCAGACUCCUAUAAGAUUCCUUUCGUGAUCCUCUCUUUGAAGACAUUUGCGCCCCAGGUUCAUAGUCUUCUGCAGACACAUGAGGGCACUGUGCCUUUAUUAAGCUUUCCAGAUUGUUAUGCUGCAGAGUUCGGUGAACUGGAAAUAGUGCAGGAAAAUCAAGGGGGUGUCCCCUUAGAACACCUCAUCACCUGUGUUCCAGGUGUAAACAUCGCCACUGCACAGAAUGGUGUCAAAGUGGUCAAAUGGAUUCACAACAAGCCCCCACCUCCAAACACAGAUCCUUGGCUUCUGCGUUCUAAAAGUCCUGUGGGUAACCCCCAGCUGAUCCAGUUUAGCAGGGAAGUGAUUGACCUGCUAAAGAGCCAGCCGUCCUGUGUCAUCCCAAUUAGUAAUUUCAUCCCGUCCUACCACCAUCAUUUUGCAAAGCAGUGCCGGGUAUCAGACUAUGGAUAUUCCAAGCUGAUAGAAUUACUGGAAGCUGUGCCUCAUGUGUUGCAGAUCCUCGGAAUGGGCUCCAAAAGGUUGUUGACCCUUACCCACAGGGCCCAGGUGAAGCGCUUUACUCAGGAUUUACUAAAACUUCUCAAAUCCCAAGCCAGCAAACAGGUCAUUGUGAGGGAGUUCUCACAGGCUUACCAUUGGUGUUUCUCAAAAGACUGGGAUGUCACUGAAUAUGGUGUUUGUGAAUUGAUUGAUAUCGUAUCAGAGAUUCCAGACACAACCAUCUGCUUGUCCCAACAAGAUAGUGAAAUGGUGAUUUGUAUCCCCAAAAGAGAGCGUACCCAGGAUGAAAUAGAAAGGACAAAGCAGUUCUCCAAGGAUGUUGUUGAUUUGCUGCGGCACCAACCCCAUUUCCGGAUGCCCUUUAACAAAUUUAUCCCCUCCUACCAUCACCACUUUGGCCGGCAGUGUAAACUUGCAUACUAUGGGUUUACUAAACUACUUGAACUUUUUGAAGCCAUACCUGAUAUUUUACAAGUAUUGGAAUGUGGAGAAGAAAAAAUCCUCACUUUGACAGAGGUAGAACGAUUCAAAGCUCUUGCUGCCCAGUUUGUCAAACUCCUUCGGUCCCAAAAAGAUAACUGCCUUAUGAUGACAGAUCUGCUUACGGAAUACGCUAAAACUUUUGGUUACACGUUUCGUCUCCAAGACUACGAUGUCAGUUCAGUUUCAGCUUUAACACAGAAGCUCUGCCAUGUUGUAAAGGUUGCUGACAUGGCGUCAGGCAAACAGAUUCAGCUGAUCAACCGCAAGUCCCUGCGUGCUCUCACUGCCCAGCUGCUGGUGUUGCUGAUGUCUUGGGAAGGAGCCACCCACCUGUCUGUCGAUGAGCUCAAGAGGCGUUAUGAAACUACCCACAGUGCUCCCCUCAACCCCUGUGAAUAUGGAUUCAUGACCUUGACCGAACUUCUGAAGAGUCUGCCCUACGUAGUGGAGGUUUUUACUAAUGACAAGACAGAGGAGUGUGUGAAGCUCACAAGCCUGUAUUUGUUUGCCAAGAACGUGCGGUCUCUACUCCAUACUUACCACUACCAGCAGCUUUUUCUCCAUGAGUUUUCCAUGGCCUAUACCAAGUAUGUCGGAGAAACACUGCAACCCAAGACCUACGGCUACAGUAGUGUGGAGGAGCUCUUGGGAGCAAUCCCUCAGGUGGUCUGGAUCAAAGGACAUGGUCAUAAGAGAAUUGUAGUGUUAAAAAAUGACAUGAAAAGCCGUGUGAGUUCACUCGGGCUCUCCCCUGUCAGUCCUGAAGACCAGCCCUCGGCCACAGAGCACAUCCCGGCGGUGCCCGAAUCUUGCACAGCCCCGGAACCCAGACUUGGAGCAGGCAGCGAUGGGCCCCAUCAAACCGAGCAGGAGCUCCUCCGCCUGACCAACGACUCCCCCGUGGACCUCCUGUGUGCGCCCGUCCCGUCAUGCCUGCCGUCCCCUCAGCUGAGACCAGAUCCUGUCAUCCUCCAGUCUGCUGAUCUCAUUCAGUUUGAGGAGCACCCUCAAGCGCCUUCUGAAAUCAUGAUUUUAAACCAAGAAGAGAGCAUUGAAAUUCCAGUACCAGUAAAGAACAAAAACCCGGCCUCCAAGUCCAGCUCACCCUGCAUCUCAGCAGCUGCCCCAGUGCCUCCCUGCCCCUCCUCGGAAACCUCAGAGUCCCUGCUCGGCAAGGACCCCGUGGAAAGCCCGGCCAAAAAGCAACCCAAAAAUAGAGUAAAAUUGGCAGCCAAUUUUUCCUUUGCACCUAUAACCAAGCUUUGA